CCCCUAAUGGAUCCUUUAUACAGCUGUCAAUCAUUGGCCGUAUAUAAGCAAGGUGCGCUUCUUGACCGGUCUCAGUAGACACAAGGAUUUGGUGGGAUUAAGAUAAAAUGGUAUUCAAAGCUUGUGUCUUCACACUCGGAUGUCUCGGCUUAGUGGUUGCGAUCCAACCCUGGCUGCCGAGGGUAGCCAAGCGGUCAAACGUGGAUCUCCUCAACUACGUAGUUGGACUUGACUACCCAUUUGACUACGACCCGGCGCCGCUGCCCGAGUUCAUAGUCGACUUAACGGACUAUGCGAAUAUGAUAAAGAACGAUGUCAUCCUGCUUGAUAACUCUAGGACGAUGAAGAGGGGGAAUAAUAAAGUAAAAAAUAAAAAAAACCAUGCGAUUUCAAAUGUUCCAUGUAACUGUGAACGUCGAUAUGCAUCAGAUAAUUAUCAAGACCACUACGUGAACCUGAGCGACGCACUCGGCAUGGCGGUGUGGUAUCCGCAGAAGGUGCGCAAUCUAACCUGUGACGACAGCAAGUGCACUAAGCCGUUUGGGUGCCAGAAAAUUAUGUAUAACCUAACAAUACUCAAAGGCAGCACCAGCUUAGAAGAACGGGAGCGCGCAGGCCAAUUAUACGCUGACUUACCCAACGAGUUGAAGUACAAGUGGGUGCCGCAGCAGAUACCCAUCGUCGCUGGGUGCCUCUGCACAAGUGGCUACCUCACCAACUGA